ACCCCCUUUCUAACGAUCAGUUAAAUACACACAGGUGCACCCAGCAAGGAUCCUCAGCACAUUGAUUAUGUGCCGUCUUUAUUCCUGUACAACGAAAAGGCAACUGAGGCUGCACGAAAGAGGGAGGAGAGUUAUACACGACAUGCGUCUCUUGAGAAAAAACGGGAGACUGCGAAGGCACAGCAGCCGACGACAUGGCGCGCGCUGGGCACCGCUGCAGUCAAAAUAAAGGAGGAAGCGAUCGAUUCACCAGGAGACGACUUUUGUGACAAUAUUCAGGAUGAGGAUACCGAAGUGCCAUCGCAGAUCAUUGCUACAAGCAAUACAAGAUCGGCAGGAGUCCAGACGGAAGCAGACACGCCUGUGUGCAACUCCUGCCACCGUUUGAACGAAGAAGUAAAGGAGUUGAAACUGAAACUCGAGGAGCUUAAGCGCAAAAGCUUCAGGCACGAGGAAAAACAAGAUCAGAACGCAGUGAAAAAUAUGAAGCAAAUGUCCACUUUUGCACAGAAACGGAGGAAUCCUUCAGGCAUCGAUCCAAGGCACGCCAAAAGCCAGACACAGCUUCAAUUUCAAAAUGGCAGCUCCGAGUGAAGGUGAAUGCGCUCCUCUUCCGAACUCAAGCAAGAAAGCUCGCGUGUUUGACUUUAAUGCCAUUUUCGAGGAAGCUAGGAAAACGGCCAUAAGUAGGAGCAAAGAUCCAAAACCAAAACCCAAAACCAUGCAAGUCCCAAAACCAUGCAAUAGCCGUCCUGAAAGUUGCACUGAAGACGAGGCUCAGAGAGAGAAUGAUCCUGCGCCCGACGGUGAACCGAGGGAAGAAGGCAGUGAAGACGAGCUUGUGGGGCCUCCGAUUUCUCUGUCAGCUCAGGCCAAAGAUGACGGAUCUAGCUCAGAGGACGUCGACGACGAGGAAAGUGAGUGUACUGCUGCAUAUCGGGCAAUUCCAGUGAAAGAAGACACGCUACGGCAUGGCACAAAGAUAGUAUCUGCGUUGGCUCUGGAUCCUAAUGGAGCACGUCUUGUCACCGGCGGGUACGACUUCGACAUCACUUUGUUUGAUUUCGCCGGCAUGGAUUCAUCCCUGCAGCCGUUCCGUUCGCUUCGCCCUUGCGAUUGUCACCAGAUUCGAAAUCUAGAGUACAGCUGUACGGGCGACUCGUUCCUCGUGGUGUCCGGAAACGCCCAGGCCAAAGUGCUGGAUCGGGACGGGUUCGAGGUGAUGGAGUGCAUUAAGGGAGACCAGUAUGUAACAGACAUGGCCCGAACCAAAGGGCAUGUGGCGAUGCUAAAUUACGGCUGCUGGCACCCGCGCAGCCGCGAAGACUUCCUCACUUGUGCCAACGACGGCACACUGCGGUUGUGGACUGUGGAUAAACCCAACUGCCACAAAGCGUUGGUAAAGACCAAGCAACAGGGCGGCCUCCGAGCAAUUCCGUCUACCUGCCGCUUCAGCAGAGACGGCCAGCUCAUGGUCGCUGGCUGCCAGGAUGGCUCGCUCCAAUUUUGGGACCAACGACGCACCUUAGUGCACCCGAGUCACACGGUACGCGAGGCGCACCGACGGGGCAUCGACGUAACUUGCGUAGCAUUCGCCCAGGACGGCCGCCAGCUUGCCACGCGAUCCUGCGAUGACACGAUGAAGCUGUGGGACCUCCGCGCAUUGCGGCCAUCGGCUCUGCACACGUUUGCGGACCUCGACAACUUGUACCCUUCCACGGACUGCGGAUUCAGCCCAGACGACCGGGUCAUCUACACAGCCACCUCGAAGCGCUCUGGCGAUGGUCAGCUGGUGUUUUUUGAGCGCGACACGUUGCAGGAAGUGAUGCGACUUCGAUUGCCGGUGCCAGUGGCCAGAGUCAUCUGGCACGCUCGGCUAAAUCAACUCCUGGCUGGGCUGGCAUGCGGUGAAGUGCGCCUGCUAUACGAUACAGCGCACAGCCACCAUGGUGCGCUGUUGUGUGUGUCCAAGGCUGCUCGGGCCAAACCUGCACAGCAGGGGCUCACCCAAGCGCAAGUGCUCACGCCGCAUGCGCUGCCACUCUUCCGAGAAGAGCGGCCGCGGAGUACGCGCAAGCGGUUGGAGAAGGCACGCAAAGAUCCUGUAUUGUCUCAAAGGCCUGAUCUUCCUGUCACAGGCCCUGGCCAAGGAGGCCGCAUCGCUUCAGCAGGAAACACGCUCUCUUCCUAUAUUGUGCGCAACCUUGGCACCACUAAGCGUGUUGACGACAAUGUGGACCCACGUGAGGCUAUUCUUAAGUACGCCAAGGAAGCAGCUGAAAACCCUUACUGGGUGACCCCUGCUUAUGCUACAACACAGCCCAAGCCAGUCUUCCAAGAGAGUGAAGAACCAACACCUGCCAAGAAGACAAAGCAAGUGUAGUUCUUUCUGGGCCUGAACUGUGUGCCGAGCCUUAGUUUGAACAUUGACAGGAAAGGGCCGUUUCUGUAGCCUGUUCUGUAUCAGUGAUUUUAAAAGCAUUGUGUAAGACACCCAACAAUUUUAAACAUGAAAUCAUUGAACUUUUCAGUAAUGCAUCAUGCUCAGCAUACUGUUGUAUAUUUGUAUAACAUUUGAGCACUCUGAAGUGUAACCUCAUUUGAUGACAUACUAACUGCAGCAUAUGCCAGCAUCAAGGUGUGUACUCAUACAUUCAUGUUGCAAACAUACCAUAAAGUGCAUGGCUUGUGGGGCAUAUUCAAGCACGAAUGGAUUGCAUUGUUGCUUCUAAAAUUAAGUUUCGUGGUUUUUUACAUAAUCUUGGUUAAAUGCAGCAUGCAGUCACUUCAUCUGACCUUGCACAUUGUGGAACUGGAAAAUUUGUCUUGAAUGUCAAGGACGUCAGCAUGGUGAAGCUUGGAAAGUCGUUUAAAGAAACCACUUCAGUACACUAGCCAUGCCAUAAAUCUAUGUUUGUGUGUGAUACAGCAUCCUAGCAGUUUGUAGUUAGAAUGUCCACUGCUUUGUCUAGAAUUCUAACUGUUGUAUUUCUGCACCACACAGAGGAGCUGGGCUUUUUUGUGGAGUGCGUGCAUGUAUUCUGGUGCCUACAUUGCUGUGUGUGUGCAGUUGAUAGUCCACUGUAGUCCUCUACUGGCUCUUGGCACAUUUUUCUGUAUAUAGUACUAGUUUAGCUUCAGCUGAUGGCUGAUGAUGUGUGUGAAAUGGUGAACUGUAAAUAUGAACACCACAUUGUGGCAUGUGGCAGUGCUAAGUUAACAUGCGUGUGCAACGUAAAACACACAUGACUGUUGUAAUAUUUGGAAGUCAAAGUAGAAACGUUUCAUAAAAAUUGCCUAGAGCCUUGGCAAUGCUCCCUCAUUGAAGGGGCACUGUGCCACCUAUGUUUUUUAAUCCUUAGCGUUUCAGUCCGUAAAUAUUGUUGAAGCAUUCGCACCCAGGUGCAUUUGAAAAUGGCAGCCACCAUUAACAGAUUUUCGUGCACAUAUGAGCAACGUACAUUUACAGGCACAAUGUAAAAAAACAAUAAAGGACCAUAGUUACACAA